AUGGGCCGCCUCCAAGCGUUCAACAUCCAGAAAUGGCUCUCCGCGAACCGCCACCUGCUCGUCCCUCCUGUGGGAAACAAGCUUUUGUUCGAAGGUGAGUUCAAGGUGAUGCUCGUGGCCGGCCCCAACGCGCGCACAGACUACCACAUCGAGGCUGGCGAGGAGUGGUUCUACCAGCUCGAGGGGGACAUGGUUCUCAAAGUCGUCGAUGACGGCGCCUUAUACGACGUCCCCAUAUCCGCAGGCGAGACUUUCUGCCUCCCGGCCCGCGACUCGCUGAAGGGGGAUGAUGCCCGGCAGCCUCGGCAUCGUCGUCGAGCGCGAACGCCGCCAGGGGGAGCUCGACUGCCUCAGAUGGUACUGCCAGCGGGAAGAAUGCGCCCGAGUGUUGUUUGAACGCGAGUUUGUGUGCACCGACCUCGGCAAAGACCUCGUACCCAUCAUCGAGGAGUACUACGCCGAUGCGGCUAAGAGGACGUGCGCAGAGUGUGGCUUUGUCGAAGAGCCGCCAAAGACUGCGAAGACGUCAGCUCGCCUUCACGCAUCCCACAAUUGAAGUGCUGUGCCAAAACGAUAACCGUUGCCAGUGCCAUUUCUGUAAGUUACUCGACCACUUUUACCGUCGCAAUGUCGCAAGGCAUGCAACAGAAAAUUCAUGGGCGAGGAUUCCCUCGCUCGGAUGUAGAAUUCUUGUGAUAUUUGGCACAAAUCUGUGAUCUGUGUCAAAUUCAUCGUCGGGGAAAGUGCAGUUAAAAACGAAUAGCGUCGCUUUCUUUGUGAAGUAGCUUUGAUUUCGGCAUCAGGCCGGCGAGGCCCUGACUGGUACUUGAAGUUUCACGCUUCUUGGAUACUUUGCAGUUGACGAUCCGGCAAAAAUCGUGUGUGUGCGUGUGGAAGUAUUCCCCCGGGCGAAAUUGCCUCGUUGAAGGAAUCUGUUAACUAGGGAAAAAAACAAAUAGCGGCGGUGUCAGCCAGCGUAUGAGAGCUUCUUCGAGCCCCCCCGAAAAAGGGACAGCAACAAUCUGUCAGAUUUCUGUUCAGAGACCAUUUUCCCAGGCUUGCUUCAUCACGACUUUGAUUCAGAAGGCUAUGCGGCGGUAUGUAUGCAGAAAGUCGACUAUUUUUUGAGGCUACGUCUGUGCAUCAAUCGUGCACAUGGCCACUGGUCUCACUGGAAACAGAAUGGUGCAGAUUCCGAAACGUAUGAAUUUGCUUUGUAUCUACACGUGUACAGCAUGGAUUUCUUGCCUCAUUGCUGUUGACUGCUGUUGACAGCAAUGAUGCAAGAAAUCCAUGCUGCAGAUGCUGAUGUUGACAUGCUGACAUCAGCAAUAGUUGCAGCGGGUUCUCCCUGGUUGUAAAUGUGACCCUGCAGCGACCCGCAGCGGGUUCUCUCCCUGGUUGUAAAUAAAGUUUACCUUACAUCUUUA